GCGUGUUUUGUUAUGGGUUGUGCGUGGUGAUUGGAAAAAAGUUAGUUCCUUUUUGUGAUGUGAACUAUAUUUUCUUGUAGCAGUUCUUUCGCCUUCAUCAACUACUUUUCUUUAGAACAUCAUCAAGCUUAUUCCUAAGGUGAAGCAAACAUGAACAGCAGUGCAUACCGCAUGUCGGCGUAGAAAUACAUCGACGGGACACGCUGGUCGACCCACCAAAUUCAACGACAACAAGCAGAGCAAACAGCCCACGGCGGCCUAGACGAGCCUAGAUCCACACGCGCCAUUUUGUUUCAGCGUUGGAGAGUGGUGAAUCGGUGCAGUGAGUGGCAGUAGAAAUUGAACCGACGCAUACCCCAACCCGGCGCACGAGAUGCACAAAGGAGCAAUGUACAGUGUCACCUUCGUCCGGCAUGGCGAAAGCGAAUGGAACAAGAUGAAUCUCUUCUGCGGCUGGCACGACGUGGGAUUAAGCGAGGAAGGUGAGUGGGAUGCUUUGGAGGUUUCCGCGGCAGCCCUAAAGCGGGAAAAUAUGUGCUACGACAUCGCGUUUACGUCGUGCCUGCGUCGAGCCAACCAAACGCUGGAUAUCAUCUUGAAACAACUAAACCUCGUCGAAAUACCGGUGAAGCAGCUGUGGCGUUUGAAUGAGCGCCAUUAUGGUGCGCUUACCGGCUUCAACAAGCGCCAGAUGGCGGACAUUUACGGCGAGGAACAGGUGCAGGUGUGGCGCCGCAGCUUCAACAUUCCACCACCGGCUAUCGAACCGACCAAUCCGUACUACCACGCCAUCAAAAACAACCCCCGGUUGCGGCACAUCAACGAGCAAGACUUCCCCACGACCGAGACGCUCGAGACGACCAUGGAGCGGGUGGUGCCAGAGUGGACUGACUCGAUCAUACCGGAAGUGCGCGCCGGCAAACGAGUGCUGGUUGUGGCCCACGGUACCAGCUUGCGCGGCUUGGUCAAACAUAUCCAAGGUAUUUCAGACGCGGACAUCAUGAAGUUCAACCUACCGAACAGUAUUCCGUUCAUAAUCGAUUUCGACGAAUCCAUGAAGAUGGUCGGAGGUAUCCGGUUCCUGGCGAACGACGAGACGGUACUGAAAGCGAUGGAGAAGGUGGCCUCGAUUGGUGGAAAAUAGAAGGAAAACGGGUGUUGCUCGUUCCGUGAUUAUCCACCAACUGAUUCAAAGCAUCCGGUGCAACUCUACCUCAUCCGUGAGCCCAUUUCCGUAUUUCGUGGGUUUUCUUUUUUGCUCUCGAAAGAUGUCAUUCGUUAGCAAGAGUGAAAUCAACAGUUUUUAGAGUUUUUAAGUGCGCUCUUAUGCAGACUAUACCUUAGUGUUACGAUAUUUUGCCCUUGUAUUGUUUUACAAUUUUGUAUAACGGUUAAAUCAUCGAAUGGCUCAUUGAAGACGCGAGUGGAUUUCGCAAUCAUUUGAGCGUUACGUAAUUUUACAUGUAUUUUGUUCUUUUAAAUUAGUGAUAGGAUCGCAGGAGGAGUAUUACUACAUCGUGUUUGUAUCGAUAGACUCCUUUUAUGCCGUAUAAUGGCUAUAUUAAAUUAAAUAAACGUGUGUACAAGA